ACCCCGCUCUCCCGCUCCCGCCAUUGUCGCCCACACUUGCACGCCUCGCUCCUCCUCCUCCUCCUCCUCGUCCGCGUACAAAAAGACGCGCGCCUUCCACUACCAGCCGCUGCACCAACCGGGGCUCCCACCCCAGCGCACCUCACCUCCUCCAUGGACGACCCACCUCUCCUCCUCCUCCUCGCCGCCGGCGAAUAGCACCGCCUCUCUCUCCACCACCGGCCGGCGGUAUCUGAUUUCUCUGAAGUUGUUCUUGGGUGGGAUCCUCGAGGUAGGAUUGUUUUUAGAGAUGGCGGCGGCGGCUGGGCAGGAGGUUGGCACGGUCGUCGCGGUGGCGGCGCCGGUGGAGGUGGAGUGGGCGGAGUGCGCGUGCUGCGGGCUGAGGGAGGAGUGCACGCCGACGUACGCCGAGGGCGUGCGGGCGCGGUACGGCGGGCGGUGGCUGUGCGGCCUGUGCGGCGAGGCGGUCGGGGAGGAGCUCUCCGCCGCCGGGGGCGCCGGGCGGUCGGUGCUGGUGGAGGGUCAGGUGGAGGCCGCGAUCGCGAGGCACGCCGCCUUCUGCCGGGCGCUCGGCUGCAGGUCCCCCGCCGCGGCGGAGCGGCUCAUCGCCGCGGUGCGGCGGCUUCUCCGCUCCGCCUCCGGCGAUGGCGGCGGGAAGACGGAGAAGUCCGUGGUGGUGCUGGAGUUCCAUGACGCCUGAGACGACGACAGAUCGAAGAUUUGCUCUUCCAGGCGCUAGCUAGGCCUAGCCUCUUCUCUUUCAUUUCUUCACCUUAAUUACUGCUUAAUUUCCUAGCUUAAUUACAUUUAGCUUGCAAUAAUUACGUGCUCAAUCUGUACGCAAAUCCUGCAAGUUCUCCAGCUCUGUGUAACUGUGAAGGAAUGGAAGAAAACAUUCUGGAGGAUAAUGAGAGAUUGAGAGCUAGGUGGAAGAAUUCCAUUUUCUCUGUUCAUCCUGUUCAAUACAAUUUUGACAAAUUUUUCUUUU